GAGCCUACAACCUCGCCUCGUCGAGACGCCAUGUUCCACCCUACCCGCGGCGGUACCAGGGGCGGCCAAGGCGACUUCAAGUGGACCGACGUCGCCAACGACAAGGACCGCGAGUUCUACCUCGGCCACAGCCUCAACGCGCCCGUCGGACGCUGGCAGAACGGCAAGGACCUCACCUGGUACAACAAGGACAAGCGCGGCGACGUCGACGAGCAGGAGCGCCUCCGCCGCGAAGAGCUCAAGAAGGUCAAGGAGGCAGAGGAGGACGCCCUCGCCGAAGCUCUCGGCUUUGCCCCGACCCUUCGCCCUCCCCCUUCCGCCUCAACCUCGACCUCUGCCGCCGGCCCGUCCGACCCGAACCAGGCCAUACUCGACAAGGCGCGCCGUAAGGCCGAGCGCCACGCCGAGAAGGAGGCCCGCCGCGCCGACCGCGACCGGCGGCGCGAGGAGCGCGCAGCAAGACACGGCUCGUCCGGCCGCGACGGCCGCGACCGGGCGCGCUCGCGGUCGCACGACGACCACCACCGCCACCACCACCGCGACCAUCGUGACCGUGACCGUGAGCGAGGGGAGCGCCGCGAGCACCGUGAGCGCGACCGGAGCAGGUCCCCGGCGAGGAGGCGGCACGACGAGGGCGGCGCAGACGGGCGGCGGCACGGCAGUCGGGAUCCGCAUGACGAGGGCCGACGUGCGCACGAGCGUGACCGUGGGGUGCGCGACGAGGCGCGGUCAGAGGGGCGCAGGGAGGGCACGAGCGGGCGGCGGGACGAGCGGCGAGGGGAGGGCGGCGUCAAGAGGGAGAGUAGCGUGUCCUCCCCGCCGCGCUCGCGGUACUGAGCAACUUGAUGCCCUGCUUUGCCAGUC